AUGUCUGACAUCAUCGAAAAGACCAUACAAUUUACCUACUGCCCUAGACGGGAGACCAAAUCAGAACCUGGAGGCAGAAAGAACCCCGCCAAUGCUCAUUUUUUCCGCCAUUGGGGAUACCCUAUUUAUCGCACAUACUAUGGUCCCGGCUCUGACGAAAGCUGGAACGAACUACUUUACUCGUUGAAGAAACAGACCGGGCUAGGACUUGGAGCUUUUGAAGACGAAGACCAGAAUGACGUACAAAAGCUCAAGGAACUUUUCCAUCUCAACGCUUACGAAGAUCCUGCCACUCUAGAAGGACUCGACGUCAAGGGGCUUCGACAGUUUUGCAACAAGCAUCAGUUGGGAAUAUUCACAGCUUUUUCAGAUUGUCUCUUUCAUUUCGUUCUGAUGGCUGAUAAAUCAGUGCUGGAAGACAUAAAGAAAGGAAUAUUCGUGGUCAAGGCUAUUUCACUGUCGUGGGAUGGACGACCGGGGUGGGGGUGGGACCGAUACCGAAAAUGCAUUGCACUUUCAUGGACCUGA